UGGAGGGGUAUUUUCAUAAAUGCUUGCAAUUGUGUUCCUCUUUUCUUUUGCUUACUGUCAAUUUUCGAAGCUUGCAAGGUUGUACAGUACCCAAAAUUUUGGUUUGUUGUCGUUCCCCACGUAGAGGACCCUGCAUUGGCGAUAUAAAAACCCCACUACCGAGUUCAUUCAAUUCCUCAAUCAACAUUCCGGUUCAACUGCCUCAAGAUGUCUGAAAUCUACCGCGCCAGCACUACCGCUCCCGUUAACAUCGCAGUAAUCAAAUACUGGGGCAAACGCGAUCCCAAGCUUAACCUGCCGACCAACUCAUCCCUCAGCGUCACCCUCUCCCAGAACGAUCUCCGCACCCACACUACCGCCUCUUGCUCGCCUUCAUACCCUUCUGAGGACACCCUCCUCCUCAAUGGCUCUCCACAAGACGUCUCCGGCGCCCGAACCCAAGCCUGCUUCCGUGAGCUCAGGGCUUUGAGGAAAGAACUCGAGGACAAGGACGGCUCGCUCCCCAAGCUCUCCAGCUACCCCCUGAAGAUCGUGUCAGAGAACAACUUCCCUACUGCCGCUGGAUUGGCCAGCUCCGCAGCCGGUUUCGCUGCUCUGGUUCGCGCCAUUGCCAACCUUUACGAACUCCCUGCGUCCCCAACUGAUCUCUCCCGCAUCGCAAGGCAAGGUUCGGGCUCAGCAUGCCGCUCCCUCUUCGGCGGAUAUGUUGGCUGGGAGCAAGGAACCGCACAAGACGGCUCCGACAGCGUUGCUUUCCAGGUUGCCCCGGCAUCUCACUGGCCCAACAUGCGUGCUAUCAUUCUCGUGGUUAGCGCUGCGAAGAAGGGUGUCUCUUCCACGACUGGUAUGCAGACCACCGUCGCUACUUCCAGCUUGUUCUCUGCACGAGCAAAUGAGACCGUCCCCAGGAGGAUGAAGGAGAUGCAAGAGGCGGUUCAAAACAAGGACUUCGAGUCUUUCGCUAAGACCACCAUGGUCGACAGCAACUCUUUCCACGCCACUUGCCUUGACACAUACCCUCCGAUCUUCUACCUCAACGAUGUCUCUCGCGCCGCCAUUAAGGUUGUUGAGGCUAUCAACGCUGCCGCCGGGAAGAUCAUCGCCGCGUACACCUUUGAUGCUGGCCCGAACGCUGUCAUCUACUACCUCGAGGAGAACGAGAAGGAUGUUGCAGGAUUGUUCAAGGUUGCUUUGGGCGAGAAGGAGGGUUGGGCAGUACAGAGGGGUGAGGCCGUUCAGGCCAACAGUGCUGCACUCGAUAAGGUACAGCAGGACGCUGGCGUUGCUGUUGAUUUGUUGAAGGAGGGUGUCAGCAGAAUUAUUUUGACUGGCGUUGGUGAGGGUCCUGUCAAGACAGACGAGAGUUUGAUCAAUGAGAAGGGAGAGCCUGUGUCUUCCGCUUGAACGAAAUAUUUCAAGCGACGGAACAGGAGUGUUCCACAAGAUACCCGCCAGUAGGAAAAAGAUUUCACAGAAUAUGUUAAGAGUGUUGUAAUCAUGAGAUGAAGAUAUGAAAGCAUAUAAUUGCAAAUGCCAAAUCAGACGAGGUC